GCUUCACGAGACAAACUCGCCGUAGUAUAAAAGCAACAUUUUCCCAAAAAAUUUGCCCUUCGCUUCACAUCUCAAAUCCCUAGUGCUUAGCUAGCAGAAGCAGCGAGCGUCGAAAAGAACUGCAACCUCGAAUCAUGACAUUCAAGCGUAGGAAUGGGGGCCGCAACAAACAUGGCCGUGGCCAUGUCAAGUUCAUCCGCUGCUCUAACUGUGGAAAAUGUUGCCCUAAGGAUAAGUCAAUCAAGAGGUUUCUUGUGAGGAACAUUGUGGAGCAAGCUGCUGUCAGGGAUGUCCAGGAAGCCUGCGUCUAUGACUCGUACACUUUGCCCAAGCUGUAUGUGAAGAUGCAGUACUGUGUUUCAUGUGCGAUCCAUUCCCACGUUGUGAGGGUCCGAUCCCGCACUAACAGGAGGAACCGUGACCCACCUCAGCGCUUCAUUAGACGCAGGGAUGACAUGCCAAAGCCUGGCCAGCCUGGUCAGGCUCCUCGUCCUGGAGUUGCUGUUCCUGCUCGUCCAUAAGGCUUUUCAAGUUUAAGAUUAUUUAGUAUUUUGCUUUAAGAUAUGGUAUGCUUGAACUUGGAUUUUAUAGGAUGUUUCUUUUUCUUAUUGGUUGAAAUUCAAUUGAGUUCAA